AUGGCCCCCACCACGAGAUCUAGCUCCCCGGCAGGAAGUUGCACCCUCAAGCGCAAACGGAGCACUUCUCUCCCCCUCACCCCUCCUCUGUCGCUGGACGACUCUGGUAGCGACAACGAUAGUACCCGCUCGCUCGCCCGCGCUGUCGGCGUCCUCUCCACAGCCGCGACCGCUCUCUCCCACGCUACGCGCCUGUACCAGACCCUCCCUUCUGCGCGGGACGGCCUUCUGCGCGCCGUCGACUGCAUUACACGCGUGCAUGCCGCAGGCGGGCGACUGAUAGUGUGCGGCGUUGGCAAGAGCGGGCUGGUGGGGCGCAAGACGGUUGCGACCAUGAAAAGUCUUGGGCUGGGCGCGAGCUUCUUGCACGCCGGGGAGGCGAUGCAUGGGGAUUUGGGUGAUGUGAGGGAGAAUGAUGCCCUUCUUUUUAUAACUUUCUCCGGUCGGACUCCCGAACUGCUCUCGCUCCUCCCGCAUCUACCAAAGAAUAUACCCCUCCUCGCCCUCACCGCGCAUACAUCGAUUGAAGACUGCCCCCUUCUGGCAUCCCGCCCGGAUUCCAUCCUCCUCCCCGCGCCGAUCCACGAGCCUGAGGAAGUCUCGUUUGGCGUGUGCGCGCCAACAACCUCCACAACCGUCGCUAUUGCGAUUGGCGAUAUGCUCGCUAUUACGGCAGCGGACGCAGUACACAGAGAGCGAGCGCGGGACGUAUUCCGGCGAAACCACCCCGGUGGCGCCAUUGGCGCACGGGUAGAAGAAGUCGUAGCCGCAAAGGAGGUCGAAAUCAUAGUUGAGUCCGAAUCGGACGACGACGUGCAGUUCCGGAAACGGCAGCGCGAGAUCUCAACUUCAACAACCGUCGAGACCGGGGAGCAUUUGUGCAGGUAA